AUGGAUGUCUCGAGAUGGUUGGGGAAUAUCACCUCGGUGAAUUUCUUGAUCAAUUUCGACAUGGUUCUCUUCCUCUCGCGGAGGUCUGUUGUGUUGUUAUUGGCAGAUGGGACAAUUCGUAGAUUCGUACAGGGGGUUCUUGAUCCGUUGCAGCAGACUGUUGCUGAUGGGUGUCAUCUCACCAGGAAUACGGGAAAUAGUAUAGCUAAAGCUGGCUUUUCGGGUCUUGAUAUUAAUGAGGGUCUUGAUAUUAAUCAGGAAUAUUUUGAUGCUUUUCUCUGUUAUCCCAAGCGCUUGUCAAUGUGCAACUACCGAUCCAAGGCAGAUGAGCAUAUAGUUACAGGGUCAGCGGAAGGUGGCACCGACGAGGAACAUGGACGUCUCGAGGUGGUUGGCGAAUAUCACCUCGGUGAAUUUGUUAAUCGAUUUCGACAUGGUUCUCUUGUAAUGCGAUUAGCAGAUUCUAAUGUUGGCCAAAUCCCAACUGUAAUUUUCGGCACUGUCAACGGUGUUAUCAGGGUUAUUGCUUCUCUUCCUUACGAGCAACAGUGGCCCCAGAAGAAUCAAAGAAAAGAACAGCAGAUUUGUUUGUAUGUAGCGGUGGAAGACUGUUCUUGUAGCAGCAGAAGAAAUUUUAUGGAAACAGGAUUUUUGCCCAUCAGUCCGUCAUUUGCCUCGGAUAAAAAUGAUCCCAUGGAAAUGUUGAAUAGGAUUCAUCCUCCUAGGCCAGGAUGGUACGAGGAGUUAUAUGCAUUUGCUUUGAACAAGAUAACGAAAUCUUAUGAAGCUGAGAUUGCAGGUUAUAAAGCGAAACUUUUUUCUAGCUUGAGUGGGAAGGUUGAAAAAAUUGUGGAGAUUGGAAUUGGAACUGGUCCCAAUUUGAAAUACUAUGCAAAUGACCCGGGUAUCCACGUGUUUGGCAUUGAUCCAAUCAGCAAGAUGAAGAAAUAUGCAGUGGCGGCCGCAGAGGCUGCAGGGCUUCAACCUUCGAAUUUCAGCUUUAUGCAAGCAGUUGCAGAGGCUUUGCCACUAGACGAUGCUUCUGUUGAUGCGGUUGUUGGAACACUUGUUCUAUGUUCUGUAAAAGAUGUUGACAUGGCGUUGCAAGAGGUAAAGAGGGUGCUGAAGCCAGGCGGUUUUUAUGUUUUUGUUGAACAUGUGGCUGCAAAAGAUCGGACAAUUCGUAGAUUCAUACAGGGGGUUCUUGAUCCGUUGCAGCAGACGAUUGCUGAUGGGUGUCAUCUCACCAGGAAUACGGGAAAUAGUAUAGCUAAAGCUGGCUUUUCAGAUCUUGAUAUUAAUGAGAGUAUCUCUGUCCUAUCGCAAGCUACUAUUUCUCUCUCUACAAUUACAGGUGUUGGACUUCUGUUUAUUUCAACAUAUUUCAGCAGGGGGAGAGAAUCAAUAAAUUUGAGGCUAAAUGUACUGGUGAAGCAUGUUGGAUUCGCGUUUUUCUGUGGGGAUCAAUCUCGAUCAGACUUAGGCUUUUGUGGACCCAAUUGUGUCAUAAUUUUGUCAGCUAAAACGGGGUCCCUUUGUUGUGUGGCUGCAAGGCCACAUGGAUCUAAUACUCCCAACAGGGAGUGGUCUGUGGGGCCAGACGAACACUACUGGCGAACUAAUACAAGCUUUUCACCACCCCCAUCAAGAUGGGAUUUUGGUUUCCAUUAUGAAGAAGCGCUGUCAUUUGGUUCUCAUGAUGGUGUUCAUUUGGGUUCUACCACAUCAACAAACAGCAGAGGAAGUAGAAGUUGGAUGAGAGGAAACAAUCUUCCUAAUCCCCAAUAUCUUAUAUCUGACAGUGUUGGUCCAUAUUUUAGUCCAUCGGACGUCUCUCCUUCUCAGCAGUGGACUCCCCCAGCAAUGCAAGAAAUAAGUGUUGAUGAUUAUGGUACUUCAAGGAGAGAUGUUUCGAGGCCGUUAUCUCUUUCACCAAUGAUGGAGGGAACGUUGGCAGCUAGAGACAGUGGGGACUCUACUUCAUCCCAAUCAGACAGUAGUCGUGAUUACGAGUCCAUGGUUAAGUCACAUCACCUUAACUUCUCAAGCCGCCGCAGCUUUAUGUCUAAAGCAGUUCAUCCUUUGUCCUUUCCAUCAGAAACAUCCACUGGACAAGCUGAUUGUGUCGCCCCUGCUCGGGUGUCAGAAUUAGAUGUCAUUUCUGCACCAGAAGAUAGACAUAGUUCGACUGUUAGUGGUUGUGCUGAGCUGAGUGUAAUAUCUGAGCCCUUGGAUUUUGAUCUUUUUAAUAGAUCAUGUAGUACAUCAGAUUGUUUCAAAUGUGGAUUGUGUGAGAGGUUCCUUUCACAGAGAUCCCCUUGGAGUUCUAGGAGGAUUGUCAAAAGUGGAGACAUGCCAGUUGCUGGAGUCCUUUCUUGUAGUCAUGCAUUCCAUGCAGAGUGCUUGGAGCAAAUAACACCAAAGGCAUGUAAGAAUGAUCCUCCAUGUCCCAUGUGUGUCAAAUUUGAAGAAGAAAAUUCUUCUGAUCAGCGAGUUUUUUCCAAGUUAAGAAGUAGUUUCCCUCGUCUGAAACCUUAUUGUGAAGACAGGUCAUCCAAGCCUUGGGGAUGUGCACAGGGCGGGGAUUGUGUUGAAGGGGCUUUGCACACACCUGCUCGCAAUAAAUUACUGUCACUUAAUCGUAAUAGAUUUAGAAAAAACCUUUUCUUAAAUGGCAACCCAGGUCGGAAAUUCCCAGGGAAGUUAAGCAAAAGUGGCCCAUAUUCUCCAGAGCUGUUUAGAUCUGUUGAACAUGGAGUUUCUGGAUCCUCCUCAACAACAGAAGGUUUAGGUUUGAAGUGA